GUUACAACAGCCAGCUGCACUGACUGACUGGGAGUAAGAAUGUCACCACCGGAAAGAUGGGAGGGCUACAGAGCACUUGGAAAAGUGAUUCCAGGAACAAGAUUAAUAACAUUUAAAGUACCUUUAAAAAAGGAAUUGUGUGAAAAACUUCCAGAAGAGGAAAAAUUUACCCCAAGAAGUUUGGUUUCCAUGGUAAAAAACCUUGGAUGUCAGUUAGGAAUGGUGGUAGAUCUUACAUUCACGACAAAAUACUACAGUGCACGGGAUAUGGAACACCAGGGUAUCAGAUAUGAAAAGAUUUUUACAGAGGGCCAUAAUGUUCCGAGUGAUGAUGUAGUAUACAGGUUUUUUGAUACACUUGAAAGCUUUUAUGAGACAAAUAAAGAUAAUGAUCAGCUGGUAGGCGUACAUUGUACACACGGAGUUAACAGGACAGGUUACGUGGUCUGUAGAUACAUGAUCGAGAGACUCGGGUUUGAACCAGACAAAGCUAUGACAGUUUACCAUGAAGCAAGAGGGUACCCAGUAGAAAGAGAAAACUACAUUGAAGACUUAAGAAACAGACAACUAAACCAUGAAUACAAGUAUGAAGGUAGAGAAAAACUUCCCAUGAGAAAAAUUACACAGGGUUGGAGACGUGAACGACACCAUAAUGGCAGGCAAAGAAACCAUGAAAAGGACUUUCCUCACAAUAGUCACCAUCAGAAUAACCAGCAUCAAGACUCACAUGAAAUGUAUGGUGAUCAAACUUGGCCUCAACAGCAUCAGGAAUUGGAAUGGAGAAGAGACAAAGGUCACAUGGAUCAUUACCAUGGAGACCAACAACACUGGGAUGGCAGGAGAUAUCAAAAUGGUAGGAGAGAUUACAGAUAUCAAAACAGGGAUGGAGGGAGACAAAAUUAUCACAAUAACGACUGGAGAUACAAUGGUCCGAGAUAUCACCAACAUCAAAACAAUGGGCAUCAGCACCCUCCUCAAGAUAAUUAUUUCAGGCAGGGUUAUAGGAAUGGCUACAAUGAUGAAAGGUUUGAUUAUCACUCCAGACAGAGCAGGCAUCAUGGACACUAUCAGGGUGGUGGAUCCUAUAGAAAUCAGAGGGGUGGACAAUAUAAAUCAAGGAAUGAUAGAUCUUCUGAUCAAUGGGAGACAGAAAAUCGACCACAAGUCAGAAAAAGACAUGAUUCUAGUGAGGUGAGAAGUGGAUCUCAAAAUUACAAACGUCAGUGUUCUAAAAAAGAUGAAAAGGCACACAACCAAUGUGAACAAAUGUUAAUAUCAGAUUCCUGUAGUUCAGUGUUAGAGAAUAAUGACACAGCCAGGUCAGCACAUGCAGGGGACACCAAAGAUAAAACCUCUCCUGAGUCUACAUCCAAGGGCAGUUCAGGACAAUGUUCAAAGAAAGGGAGGCUAAGAGAUAAAAAGACGGAUAAAGAACUGCAGAAUUCUGCAGAGAGAGGACUGGCAAUAUCACAUGAUCACUAAUAAUGACAGUGUUUAAAGUGAAAAGUCGAACCUUAAUGAUACAA